CGCGUUAAAAUGUCAUUCGUGAUACAUCUUUCCCCAAACAUGGCUAAAUAAUUCAAAAGAAAAAAAACUCUUAGUUUGUGACAAAUAUCGACAAAUAUCGAGUGCGAAUGUCAAGUUAACGAGGUGCCUUGAAGGCAACACAAAGGCAGCGACGACGAGCUUCCCCGAGGAAACUCGAAACCUCCUGCGUGCUUCUGUUUGAGGACGUCGCGCUUUGACGUGGGCAUAUUGGAGAAGGACAACAAUGGCGCCUCUGGCCAUGUUUUACCGGCAUAUUCUCCGAACCUGCUUGCUUCCGAGCCGAACGGCGGCCCUAUUCGGCGGUUUGCAACUUGUUUGCGGAGCCCGGCGAGCUCUGUGCACCGGAAGUGACGAAGUACGACUGGCGGAAAAGGCCGGUAAGAAAUCUGGCCGCCCGGCUGCCACUAUCUUCUCCAAAGUGAUUGAAAGAAGCCUCCCUGCAGAUAUCAUAUAUGAGGACGACAAGUGUCUGGCUUUUCGAGACAUCAGUCCACAGGCUCCAGUUCAUUUCCUGGUUAUCCCAAAGAUGCUCAUUCCCAGGAUAAGUGAAGCCAAAGAUGACGACGCUGAGCUGCUGGGCCAUUUGCUGGUCGUGGCCAAAAAGGUGGCGAAGCAGGAAGCGCUCACGGAAGGUUAUCGAGUGGUUGUUGUGCUCUGCAGUCAUCAACGACGGCAAACACGGCGCUCAGUCUGUCUACCAUCUUCACCUUCACGUGUUGGGAGGCAGACAGAUGACGUGGCCUCCGGGAUGAACGCAUGCAUGCUUACGUAGAUUAGUACUACCUGUUGACAACGUGCAAUGUGAGUAUAUUUCCUCUACUUGUAUCAGCAAAACAGCAAAAAUAAAAAUUCACAAAAUGUUGA